CGCCCUCUGCCGCACUUGUCCCACUGCGCGCCCCCUGGAGCGCCGCGCACCCCUGGGACCCUUGCGCGCCCCGGGUGCCCAGCAUAACCCGAGUUACCCCGCUCACCCUGGAAUCUCAGGACUGCCCCAGGAGCCCCGCGUACCCCUGGACCCUGACGCGGCUCCGGGACCCCCACGCGCUCUAGGACCCCUGCGCGCUCGCAGAAUUCACGGGCUCGGCCAACCCGGCUGCGCGCCCUGGUGAGGGGGCCCCGCCCCAGAGGAUCCCCCUCUUCCAACAGACGGAGCCCCGCCCCAGAGGGACCCCCAGGUCCGACAGGGACAUCCAGCCACGCCCCAGCGGGCUCCCAGCAUCUCGCGCCUGGAGCCCUGUGCUCCAGAAGAUCCUCGGUGCCCAGCUGGGGGCUCCCCGCCCUGCUGAGGGGGCGCUGCCCAAGAGGGUCCCCCGCGUCCCGCGGGCCCCAGCAGGAUGCACGCCGCCCUGGCGGGGCCGCUGCUAGCCGCCCUCCUUGCCACCGCCCGCGCCCGCCCGCAACCCCCCGACGGAGGACAGUGCCGGCCGCCCGGAUCGCAGAGAGACCUGAACUCCUUCCUGUGGACUAUUAGGCGCCAUCCUCCAGCCUACUUGUUUGGCACCAUCCAUGUUCCCUAUACCCGAGUCUGGGACUUCAUCCCUGAUAAUUCCAAGGCAGCCUUCCAGGCCAGCACUCGUGUCUACUUUGAGCUGGAUCUGACAGAUCCCUAUACCAUCUCAGCCCUGGCCAGUUGCCAGCUGCUGCCCCACGGGGAGAACCUGCAAGAUGUGCUGCCAAGGGAGCUCUACUGGCGCCUGAAGCGCCACCUGGACUAUGUGAAGCUGAUGAUGCCCUUGUGGAUGACACCAGCACAGCGAGGCAAGGGGUUGUAUGCUGACUACCUGUUCAAUGCCAUUGCUGGUAACUGGGAGCGCAAGAGGCCCGUGUGGGUGAUGCUGAUGGUGAACUCCCUCACGGAGACAGAUGUGCGCUCCCGAGGUGUGCCUGUGCUGGACCUCUACCUGGCCCAGCAGGCAGAGAAGAUGAAGAAGAGCACUGGGGCUGUGGAGCGGGUUGAGGAGCAGUGUCAUCCUCUCAAUGGGCUCAACUUCUCCCAGGUGCUGUUUGCCCUGAACCAGACUCUGCUGCAGCACGAAAGUGUGCGGGCUGGGAGCCUGCAGGCACCCUACACCACAGAGGACCUCAUCAAACACUACAACUGCGGGGACCUCAAUGCAGUCAUCUUCAACCAUGACACAUCCCAGCUACCCAACUUCAUCAACACCACCCUCCCACCUCAUGAGCAGGUGACAGCCCAGGAAAUCGACAGCUACUUCCGCCAGGAGCUCAUCUACAAGAGGAAUGAGCGCAUGGGAAAGAGGGUCAUGGCACUGCUGCAGGAAAACCAGGACAAGAUCUGCUUCUUCGCCUUCGGAGCAGGUCACUUUCUGGGGAACAACACUGUCAUCGAUGUUCUAAGACAGGCAGGGCUGGAGGUGGACCACACACCUGCUGGGCAAGCCAUCCACGGUCCUGCUGCUGGGAGCCCAGCUCCCCCUCCUGAGGGCACCUCUCCUGCCAGCCCAGCUCCAGCAACCCUAGCUGCUGCAGUCCCAGAAGCAACCUCAGCGACCCCCACCACUCCUCCUGAGGAGGAGGAUCCAGUCCUGUCCCCACACCUCCUGCUCCCCGACAGCCUCAGUCAGCUGGAGGAGUUUGGAAGGCAGAAGUGGCGCAAGAGACUAAACAAACACCAGCGGCCAAGGCAAUUCAAUGACCUCUGGGUCCGAAUCGAGGACAGCACUACAAUUUCGCCACCUCCGCUGCCCCUCCAGCCCACCCCCAGCUCCGAAACCACCAAGUCCUCUGUCAAGUCCUCACACCAACUCCAGCAGCAGGACCCCGUGGGGCCUGCCAGCAGCUCAGCACCUGCACUGGGCUUCCUCCCUGCCGUCAUUGUGGCCCUCUUCCUACUACACACCCUCGGGCCUUCCUGACCUCGACCACCCUUGCAGAGAAGCCAGAGAAACCACAGGUGUCUGUGGCUGUGUCUACCAUCUGACACCACCUCAGAAGGUGCAAACACCUCAAGGCAGUUCACACAGGACAGGGACCUUAGAAUACUAGAGCUUUAUUGUACUCAAGUUACAUCUUCUUUUUUGUAGAAGGUCUUAAUUUCCCAUAGUGCUAUGGGGCUCUUUUGUAAAAUAUGUGUCCAUAUUAAAAGAGAAAAUGUAUUUAUUCUAUUGAUAAAACUAUUUUUAUGUAGCCUAUGUUAUAGUCCCUGUAUUAGCCCUAACAACAACCCAGGGAAGGAGCCCGGGCUCCCAUGACCUCUGUGACCUGUGUGGACAGUGGCUUUGAAUUGGCCCCCAAGCCUCCUACUCAGGCUUGGCUUCUCCCACUGUAGGCACCUCUGAGGGCAGGCAGAAAGACUGCCCCAGCUUUUGUGAGGCUAGAUUUCAGAGCCAGAGGCAUGGUGGCCAACCAUCCUCCCUAACUCUGUUCAGGCCCCAGAAGGACAAUUUAAGGAGAAUGAAAGAAUGAAAGAAAGAAAGAAAGAAAGAAAGAAAGAAAGAAAGAAAGAAAGAAAGAAAGAAAGAAAGAAAGAGAAUGCUGCUAUUUUGAAGUCCUGCGUGUCUGUGGACUGGCCCUUCAGGGUUCCUGGUGAGUUUUUCUAUUAAAGAGGGAUACUGGUGCUGAGAGAGAUGAGCCCAGUCCUGGUCAGAUGGCUACACUGAGGUCCAAAAAGUGAACGGGAUUUACCCAAGGUCACAAAGCAAGUGGGUGAUCUGUGUUCCAGUGGCACUGGUGCAGCUUCCAUUCAAGAGGGGCUGGUAAAACCACGGCUGGGAAGUGAACUGGGCAGAGGACAGGCAUGGGCAGGAGUGGGCACAGAACAGUCUUAGGGGUGAUGGAGCACGGGAGCCUCCAGUUGUAGUAAUGACAGUGGUAAAGAGAGCCACCUGCCAGAAGCCUGCUGUGCGAUGUGACCUCCUAUUCAAUGAUAAGACUGAACCCCCAAAAGAGGAGAAAUUAUCUACCCAAGGUGUACCCCCCACACCUGGAUCAGGGUGAUACAAAAACUAUCCUUGUUCCAUGAACUGUGUUCUACUCCUGUUCUUUCUGACAGGGGAGGCAGAUUUCCCAAACUGGAACCCUCCCAGGCUUCCCAUGGAAGGCAAGGAGGCUAUUUCCCCAGCUCCCCCUGCUGGCUUCUGCAGCCAGGGGCCUCUAGCAGGAGGAUGUCUAGCCAGCAUGGACAGGCAAGGAGUUGAGACACAGAGCCCUUCUGUCCCCAGGGGCUGACUGAAGACACAGUGAGCCAAAGCUAGACUUGUGGCUCAUUAUUUAAGGAGUCCUAGCUCCUGAGAGCAGAAAAGAACCCUCACCUGUCAACAAGAGUAAGAAUAACCGCUAGGGUCCAGAAAAAGGAAAGGCCUCUCCAAAGUGGCACAGCUGGGACAGGCAUGUCGACUCCAGUCCCGUUCUCUCACCUCACUGCACAUGGGUUUCCCUGGCAGGCUUGAUGGCGCCUGGUUGGCUACAGCACCGCCAUGCUUAGGUUGGCAGACAUCUCCCUUCUGAGAUGGCAGGAUUCUGGGCAACUCAUUGCAUAGUCAGGGGUCCCACAGGCAUCCUGGCAGGCAGCAGAAUUCUUUCCAGCUCUGCCCCAGUGGACAGGUUUAAGCCUGAGACCUGGCAAGAUUCUGGAACUCUGCUUCACAGGGUCCCGCCAGUCCCAUGGGCACCAUACUGUAAACUGAACUUGACCUCAACCAGGGCUGGAGUCAGUUUAUCCUUGGCAAAAAAUGUGACUUCCUAUUGCUGAGCGGGAAGGGGCUUAGCUGACUUUUAAAGCAGGCUCAGAAGUUAGACAUCAAACGGAUCGUGCAGAGCGCUAUUGGGAUGAGAUAAGUGUAAAGGAAUUGGAAACACACAGGCCAGAUUCCCCCGUUUGGGGCAGGGUAUGGCAUGAGAUGUAUGGAGAUCAAGCUUGAGGUUAAUUAAAGAUGAAGCAUUUGGGGAAACAGUCCAAGCACCUGACCGUGUGCCCAGACCUGUGCCAGGCGUGGGGCCAAGAUGGUGAAUUAAUACAGCAUGUAAUCACUGUGCAAGCACAGUGCCAGGGUUACACAUGGGCUGAAUUCUACCCACCCUUCUGAGCCCAGAAGAGUUUACUAUCAACAUGGGACAUGUGGGGCUAUCCUGGGCUACUAUUUUCCCAGCCCCAACAUCAGGCCACUUGUCUUUCCAGACCCCUUCUUAAGGAAAAUUGGAAGGGAAGGAAGUGUUCCAAACUCUCUUCCUCCAUCACAUUUUAAGGUUCUUAAAGAUGAUGUGCCCUGCUUAGUAGCACAUGUCUGUAACGGCUGUACUUGGGAGUCUGAUGCAAGAGCAUCCAUAAGCAUCAUAAGAGGACCAGACUGGGGGUCAUAGUGAGUUCUCAAACAGCUUGAACUACAUAACCAGACCCUAUAUGAAAAAUGAAGGGAGGGAGGGGGAAGGAGGGAAGGAAGGAAGGAAGGAAGGAAGGAAGGAAGGAAGGAAGGAAGGAAAGGCAGGCUAGGCCAACAGAUCAACAAAAUUCAAGGUUGGUGUGGGCUUAGAAAGAAAGAGCUAUUGUUGGUCAGACACCUAGGGCCAAAGUUUCCUGGCCCCUGGAGAACUCCACCAAGCCAGGGUUUAAACAAGUAGCAAACUGAACUUGUUGGCCUACCUCCUAGGAGACCUUGCACAAAAAAACAGAUUAUAUGGCUAGGCCACUUAAACUUCCCUUCCUGCUCUGGAAACAGAUCAGUAGUCCAUCAGCAGUUUCUCAGACUUCGUGUUCUUGCUAUAUAGACUCAUAAAACACAGAGCCCAGUUCCCUUGAGAUUCCCAUGAGUAUUUUUAGGACUUUUGUUUUGACUUUGAAGCAAACAGAAAGUUGAAAGGCCUGAGGCCCAGCAGAUUAAGUGACCAGCACUCUGUGGGGGGUGAAAGAAUCAAGCGGUGCAGGUGCCAGUCUCGGGGUCAAAGACACGGAGUCUGCAAUGUGUGGACUGAGGGUGACUCAAAGCACUCACCUUAUACUGAAAGACCCAAGCAUAACCUCCUCACAUGGAGUGUGGUCGCCUGCUAUGUCCUGGCCAAGUCCUGACUUAGGCAAGCCUGGAAGCUCAGGUACUUGUCCCACCACUUAGCCCAGUGCCCCUAUCACAAUAGAUCCCAGAGAAGAGAACUGCUAGUUGUAGCUUUGAUGACAACCUAAAGUGGAAAAAAAAAAAAAAACCAGACC